AUGUUCAAGAAGGCGCUCGCACACCAGUCGAACGCAACACCAUUGCGCAGUUCGGCGCGCCGCGCACUGGUCGCGCAAGUGUUUGCCGCCUUCCCAGCUCUGCAAGAUGCUGUUGCAAAGGAGGGCGAGCCCGGGCCGACCGACAAAGAGCUAGGACGUGCGCUCAUUCCAGAGGGUGUGCGCAGUGCGAGCAUCGAGACGAGCGGCGGCAUCGAUGGCACUCUUUACCUCUCACCAGACGGUGACGCUCUGUGGAUGACCCUUGGACGCGGUUCCAAGGAGCUCAUCCCGACUCUCGCCCUCCUCGCACCGGGCGAGCUUCCCCCCUUCCUCCCCGUGCUCCAGCUGCACUACCCCCUCCCCCCACCUCUUUUUACUGGUGCACCUCUAUUCCUUCCGGCGGUGAGGCAUAUGGGUACUCCAUGGCGCCUGCCCGACGUCGGUGAGGGCGAACUGGUUGCGCUCGCGGCGGAUACAGGCGACGAUGGUGUGGUGUAUGUUGGUGUCGCGCGAGUUGUUGCCAAGGGUGGACUCCGCGAGGCGCUUGGGCGUCUCCUCAAGCACCGCGCAGAAGGUAUCGAGCGCGACGAGGGCAAAUUCGCGGACAUCUUGUGCAUCGUAGACGACCAUCUCUGGGAUGCUGGAUCGAAGCCUGCAGCCAAAGCCUUCCCCUUGCCUUCGCCGAGGAGUCCUCUGGUACCCCCGCCAGACAGUGAGAAGCCCAAGCUAGCAGCUACCCCGGUUGAACCGGUCGAGGAAGUUGCGGACGGUGUCGCUGGCUUGUCGGUAGCUGCCGACGAGGCAUCAGUAGACAAGGGCGAGCCCCUCACCGCUGCCGAGGUGUCGACUCUCCUUACCGCUGCCCUCCUCCAGACUCUCAACUCUCCUCCAGCGUUCCCAAUCCCGAGCUCGCAGCUCUACUCGGGCCACAUUCUCCCCAACCGCCCAGCGUACAUCCCAGCUGCUCGUCGUGACGAUGUCGUCAUCUCGCGCAGCGAGUGGAAGAAGCUCGCCAAGUGGAUGAAGGAGCUCGGCAAGGAAGGCUUGAUCAAGGUCAAGGAGACCAAGGGUGAGGUGGUUGUCACUGGCUACGACGCAGCACACCCAGCGGUCCAGACGCAUGCCUCGUUUCUCACUGUCGGUGAAGAGGAGGCUCGCGCCGCCAAGCGCGCAGCUCGGGAGGCGGCUGCCGCCGACGCCCCCGCUGGCACGCAGCCUUCCAAGUCUGGCGGUCGUGAGAUGGCCAUUGCCGAACUGUGGCGCCCAUCUGGCGCUGCUGUGGACUUUUGGGGCGAGUGUGGGAUUGACAAGGAUACCCUCUCGCUGCCCAGCAUAAUCAAACCCACCGUUGACGCUUUUCUCGAGAAGAACCGUCUCGUGGACGCCUCAGACCGCCGGAUUGUCAAGCUCAACAAGGUCCUCGCAUCUGCCGUCAAGGCUAAAGAUGGCGACAAGCUCCACCGUGACGAGGUGGUGCGCCGUCUUCGUGCCGGUGUGGUAUGGAGCGUGAGCGUGGGUGGUGUCGUCAAGAAGGGUACACUCAACCCGAUCGGUAUGGCGGUCAAGACACGCCAGGGCCGCAAACAGGUUACCCUCGUGUCUGGCCUGGAGGCAUUUGGCAUCGACAUUGACGACUUUGCCGACGAGCUUCGCCACCUGUGCGCAGGUUCUGCGAGCGUACAGCCUCUCACCGGCGCGUCGCCGAAGCUGAACCUCAAGGAAGUGCUCGUGCAGGGUUCCCAGAUCAAGCUUGUUACCGAGGCGCUUCUCGCCAAGGGCGUGCCGAAGCGCUACAUCAAGGAAGGAGAGGGCGACAAGAAGAAGCGCUGA